AUCAGUUUCUUUUCUCGUACGUUAUCUUUAGCAAAGAGACUUGCCCUAAUCUUUAGCGAUGAAAAUUUAAACGAAACAAAACUCGACGAAGAAACUGAAGAGACACAUUUGAAUCAUCAUUCACGGGUGAGUUGAUUCGUUUUUUUAUUUUACAUAAAGUUUCAGAAAGAUUUUGAAAACCCUUUAUCUCGGUUGUGCUUUUUCCCUGAGAACUAAACUAAUGUGUCGUUUGCCUAUUAAGUUGUUGCAGCCUUAAAUAUAAAAAAAAAUAUUAAGAAAAAAAAUCCGUUGAAAAGUGAGUAAGAAAGAAGAUCAUCGGGAGAAAUAAUAAAAGGAAAUGACAAUGGCCUGUCCGGCGAGGAGAAGCUCACUAAUGGACGAUCUCUUGGGACUUCUUAGAAUCCGCAUCAAACGUGGCGUCAACCUAGCCGUCCGUGAUAUCAGCAGCAGCGAUCCUUAUGUCGUCGUCAAAAUGGGCAAACAGAAAUUAAAGACUCGUGUUAUCAACAAAGAUGUAAAUCCAGAAUGGAAUGAAGAUCUGACUCUCUCCGUUACAGACUCCAAUCUUAACGUCCUCUUGACGGUGUACGAUCACGACAUGUUUAGCAAAGACGACAAGAUGGGUGAUGCUGAGUUCGAGAUAAAGCCGUAUAUUCAGGCUUUGAGGAUGCAACUCGAUGGACUUCCUAGUGGAACCAUUGUUACCACGGUUCAGCCCAGUCGUCACAACUGUCUAGCUGAGCAGUCUCAAGUCACUUGGGUUGACGGUAAGCUCGUCCAAGAUCUUGUUCUCAGAUUGCGACACGUGGAAUGCGGAGAGGUCGAGGCUCAGCUUCAGUGGAUUGACCUUCCUGGCUCCAAGGGUCUAUGAGUCGUUUUUUUUUACCGUUAUUUUGAGGUUUUUUAUUAAAAAAAAUAAUUUAAAACCACAAAAUCAAAAACAAGAACAUAAUUAAAGUGGGGGUGAAACAAGUAAUUGGAUCUUAAAGGAUAGAGAAUUAGAAACGCGUAUUAAUCCAUGAGGGAUAUAAGGAUUAAGAACGUUGAGGGGAAAGUAUUGUUCCCAUAUGGUGACCGAGUCCAAGUCGAGUCGUGGUUGUGGAUGUAUAUUUCGGGUUAGCAAUGCCUUAA